UUAUUAAGAACUUCAAGCACUUAUCUUGUGCAAUAAGGUCGUCGCCCCAUUCUCAACCUCACAUGGUUAGUUAUGAAAUCAUUUGUGUAUUUCGAUUGUCUCCCCUCCAAGCUAAGAUAAAUCAUAAUUACUAAACAUCAUAAAACCUCACACUGCUAUCUUUGCAGUAUAUUCUACUAUUAUCUUUAUCUUGAGUAACUGUUACUAUCAUUUGUCUCUCUUCGUACCCAAGUUUUGACAUGUGACAUGUCAACUAACACUUUCACUUCCAACAAAACACUUGUUUAUUCAAAUUCAUACUAUACACUUCUCAUAUAAUUUACGAACAUUUUCUGUUGUCGUAUAAAAUAUUUCUAUACAAUUUAUGCUGUUUUCUUAUUCUCAGUUUCUCACCAUACAAUACUAACAGUAAUAGAAUAUGUGUCUAUCGGUGAAGUGGGUGUGUCGGCGUACAUAACGAAGGGACCAAAUUGAUCAUUUAUUAAAUAUUUAAUCAAAAGAAGAAAAACAAAAAGAAUCAAAAACCUCCAUGAAAUAAAAUAAAAUCCUCUCUCUUCUUCUUCAUGUGAAUGUCUGAGUUUCAAUGCAUGUGCUCGCUCUUGGAUCUCAAUCGUUCUUCUACAGCUUUUUCUUCACUCUCUUCUCUAUCCCUUAGCUGUCACGAAACAUUCUCUUUCACUCUUCCCUUCUCUCUCCCCAAAAUAAAUCAGAAACCUAUCAACAUUCUUCAACAGCCACAAGUAAAAUUUAUAGACAUUUCUGUCUGAAGAAGAAAAAGAUUGAAUUUUUUUGCUUGUUGUGGGUUCUUUAAUGGAUCCAAGAACAAGACUUGACUAUGCUCUGUUUCAGCUCACACCAACUAGAACAAGAUGUGAUCUUGUGAUAUUCUCUGGUGGUGAGAAUGAGAAACUUGCUUCUGGGAUUUUUCAACCUUUCGUUACGCAUCUCAAGAGCGUUAGUGAUCAGAUUUCUAAAGGUGGAUACUCCGUUACUCUCCGUCCUUCCUCCGUUGGUGUUCCUUGGUUUACUAAAGUGACCCUUCAGAGAUUUGUGCGAUUUGUGACUACUCCGGAGGUUCUUGAGAGGUCUGUAACAUUAGAGAAGGAGAUUGAGCAGAUCGAGGAUUCGAUUCAAGCUAAUGCAGCCGCCAUUGCCGGUGAAGCUGAAGGAAACGAGUUGGGUGGUACAUGGACUUCUCAAAAGUCUACGGCUUUAUCAAAGACGAAAGGGGAAACUGAUGGAGACACUGUGGAAGAAAAUUCGAAGGUUGGUCUUCAGCGUGUUCUGGAGAACCGUAAAGCGGCUUUGUGCAAAGAGCAAGCGAUGGCUUAUGCUCGAGCUUUGGUUGUUGGGUUUGAACUUGACUACAUGGAUGACCUCUUUUCGUUUGCUGAUGCUUUCGGAGCUUCGCGGUUAAGGGAAGCGUGUGUUAACUUUGUGGACUUGUGCAAGAGAAAGAACGAGGAUAGAAUGUGGGUGGACCAAAUCACUGCUAUGCAAGCAUUUCCUAGGCCUGAAUUAACGUUCAUGGGUGACUCUGGGAUCGUACUCGCUGGUGAAGAGAAUGAUUUGUUGAAUGCUACAAACGUAAAGCAUGGAAACUCUAUGGAUGCCUCGAGCCAGGGUAGCUUUGAGACUGGCCAAGAAGGGAGAGCUCAAAUGGCAAUGCCGUGGCCAAACCAGUUUCCUCAGUACAUGCAGAACUUUCAAGGACAUGGGUAUCCGCCUCCUUAUAUGUUUCCGGGGAUGCAAGGUCAAUCACCAUAUUUCCAUGGGAAUAUGCAAUGGCCUGUAAACAUGGGAGAUGUGGAGUCAAAUGAGAAGUCUUCCAAGAAGAAAAAGAAGAAGAAGAAGAAUAAGAAGAAGUCGAAGCAAGAUGAAUCUGCCGAGCCAAGCGAUAAUUCCAGUACUGAGACCGAAUCAGAAGACGGAAAUGAAGGAAAGAAACAAUCCAGGAAAGUGGUUAUCCGCAACAUAAAUUAUAUAACUUCAAAGAGGAAUGGAGCGAAGGAGAGUGAUUCAGAUGAGUCUGGAGAAGAAGAAGGGUUUGUGGAUGGAGAUUCUAUUAAGCAGCAAGUAGAAGAAGCCAUUGGCUCAGUGGAGAGACGUCAUAAAUCGACUUCACACCGUCAGAGGAAACACAAAAGUCACAACGGUGAUGAUGAUUCAAGUAACAAGGAAACUAAGGGGAAUGAUAAUUGGGAUGCCUUCCAGAAUCUUCUUUUGAAAGACAAUGAUUCAGAGCCAGAAGAAUUACUACGUAUAUCAUCAACUGCGUUAAAUAUGGCGUCUGAAGUUGUGAGAAAGAGAGAACCGCCUUCUGAUGAUUCAUUCUUGGUUGCAAUUGGAAAUGAGGAUUGGGGAAGAGAAACCAGCAUUGAGAAAUUCAAUGCAGGUGAGAAUGUUCGGAUAAUAAGGAAAGGGAACAACUAUGACGAGGAGAUGUUGAAUCCGGGUAGAAGCGAUGAAUCAAGAAGCUAUUCGCAGGCAGAGAUGUCGGUUCAUGAUGGGAAGCUCAGAACCAGAAAUGAGGCGGAAGAAGACUGGUUCAUACGUAACCAAGCUGGUCCAGAAACAGAUCCAAGUCUUGUCAAAACAUUUGUAGGAGACCAUUUCCACUUAAAUAAGAGCAGUGAGAGAGAUGUCCUGACCGAUGACUCUUUCAUGAUCCAUUCUCGUGUUGAGAACCAAGUAGAAGAUUCUCGGUUAAGGACAGAAAUCAUGGACUUAGACGUUUACGGAACCACCCAACAAGAAAACAGUGCCCCGGAGAACACUCCGCAUGAACCAGAUGACCUAUACAUGGUUCUUGGACGGGAACAAGAUGUUAAACCUACAUUGUUACCAUGGACCCCUGAAAUUGACUUUGAGACUAACACUUUGGCUCAAAGAACAAGCAGAAUCGAUUUGAUAACUGCCACAAAGGCCUCUGCAGGUGAACAAACCUUAGAUGGUAAAGAAAAGAAGAGUCGUGGUAUCUCCAAGGGGAAGGAUGCAAAGUCAAGAGCAUCAAGUAGACCUGACCCGGCGUCAAAAGCCAAGAGACCUGCUUGGGGAAGUAGAGCUGCUGUCUCCAAGUCCAAAUCCGAGAUGGAGGAAGAGAGAAAGAAGAGAAUGGAGGAACUUUUAAUUCAGAGGCAAAAGAGAAUUGCGGAGAAGAGUUCCGGUGGUAGUGUAUCAAGUUCUUUAGCGUCCAAGAAAACUCCUACUGUGACCAAGUCAGUGAAGAGCUCGAUAAAGAAUGAGAAGACUCCUGAAGCCGCGCAGUCAAAGGCUAAGCCAGUACUGAGAAGUUCCACCAUUGAGCGCCUUGCUGUUGCUCGGACCGCUCCAAAGGAGCCACAGCAAAAACCAGUAAUCAAAAGAACAUCAAAACCUUCAGGAUACAAGACAGAGAAAGCUCAGGAAAAGAAAUCGAGUAAAAUAGGUCAAUCAGAUGCGAAAAGUGUGGAACUUUCUCGUGACCCGAGUCUCGAAAUCAAGGAAACGGUGGUGGAAGAUUCACAUUCUUACUUGUCAGAGAAGCAAGUUGAUGCACUUCCUGCUGUUGCUUCUGUUGAUGAUUUCAAAGACAUUAAAGAAUUGCAUAGCUUGCCAUCAGAAGAAACGGCCAGAGUAAAGAACAGACCGAAUGAAAUCAUAGCAGAGAAAGUACAAGAUCAGACGAAGAUCGAUGAUCAGGAAACAGUGAAGAAUACAUCUGUUUCUGAAGAUAAGCAAAUCACCACGAAGCAUUACUCAGAGGAUGUUGGAGAAGUCCAGGCUUCACAGGAAAAACCGGUGUCUCCAAAGAAGUCGGUGACUUUUUCAGAGACAAACAUGGAGGAGAAGUAUUAUUUCUCACCAGCGGUCUCAGAGAUUGACAUCUCAACGCCACCUGCUACUGAAGCAGAUCAUUCGAGGAAGAAAUGGAACAGUGAAGAGACGUCUCCCAAGGCAACGGCUAAAGUCUUCAGGAAGCUUCUUAUGUUCGGAAGGAAAAAGUAAAACCGACGUUGGAAUUCUUCUUCUCCGGCAUCAUCGAACCUUUGUUUUGAGACGACGUCAUGUUGAGUUCAGUUAAAAAGCCUCUCUUAUUCUUUAAAUUUUUCCUUGUGUGAUAUUAAAUACUGUUUUUCAUUUUAUUGUUGUUAUCAGUUUGAUUUGUCUGUUUAUAUUACAUUUGUUGAUGUGUUGUUUAUAGCAUUGAAAGUGGGCAUUUGAGUGUGUAUAAAAAAUUGGUUUGGUGAGUUGAAUAAUGUAAGAAUCUUUUGUAUUUUUCUAAUUAAACUGUUUAUGAUCAUUAGGAGAACAAUAUAUGGGGAUGUGUUGGAAUCAUGAAUCGUAGGUUAAAUCCUACAAGAGGAAAAGCUUCAGGAGACAGAGAAGAUGAAGAGAAGAGAAGAAAGGAAGAAGAAGAAGAAGUCGUGACAAAGAAAGUCAGCUAAUAGACAUAUCUCCGCUAUUUAAAGUCGAGUCUAAGCCUUUAUACACUUAAAGGUUGAGGGUUCGAACCCUUGUUAUGUCUUUUUGCCCUAAAAGAAAAAAACUUUCUCAUGAAAUUCCGUGAGAUGAUUCUUCCAUUCUAAGCAUUUGGUUCUGUUAGAUUGAUAAAGAAGUCUCCUACAGUACCAAGGCAAUGUGCCAUCCAUCUACAAUUUGUAUAACUAUAUCUUUUGGUAACAUGUUCCCAUCAAGUGGGAAUCUAAUUCCCCUGUUAUUCUUUUCACGUU